AUGGGCAUCAUCAGCGUCAUGAGCAUCAUGGAUUCAAGCGGGUUGCACUUUCCCCGGUCUACGGAACAUAUGUACGGCAAUCCUCUUUUCCUCCCUCGGAUCAAAAUGUUCCGUUUCGAGCGGAUGGAAAACAAGGAGACCACUGCACAGGCCCUUCAAGAUUCCUACCCCAACCUGUUCAGCGACAACCAGCUCUACGCUUUACUGAGUUUCCAAGUCUGGAAUCCCGACGAUGGUAAGGUCAUGCGUAUGGUGCAACCUUGGGAGAAGGACAGUCUGCUUAUGCGAGAAACUCGCACCGCUUCCCAUGGGUGUCCAGACAGGUUUCCAGACAUAUUUCAGAGCCCUAUAGUAGUUGACGGAGAUAUUGAUCAUCAGCGCGUGCAGGUAGUUUUCAAAACUCCUAGAACAUUCCAAGUGCUAUUGGACCUGUUGGACACAGUCAUCUAUCUCAACUGA